AUGGAACUAACAGUGGUCAGUCGUCAAUGUCCACUGCGUUUAUUUCACCUUAAGAGUGGGAUGCGUAAAAAGGAUAUUGUAUCAUUAGUAAACCAACAUUUGUCAAUCGAAAUUCUGGAAAAAAGAAAAAGGAGUGAAUGGAGUCAUGACAAAGAUGGGCAAGAAUUGCAUCAAAUAUUGGAAUUCCUGAAACAAUCGAUAUCCGGUGAGCUACCGGAGCUACCGGAUUCGAUCAAACUUAGCUGUAAGAAAGAAGCGGUAUUUGUCACAAUGAUAAUAAAGAAAACAUUUGAUGGAAGAGACGAAAGAAUUCGUCAAACAUCUGAAAAUGAUUGGAAUAAAAAGGACACAAAUGAGCAAAUAUAA